UAAUUAGCCUUACUCCCAAAUUCAGUUUGCCACCUGUGGUUAUGCAGAGAAUCUCUGGUUUGCUAACAUUAUGAUACUAUCCGUUUUAUCCUUUACUGUGUGUGAAUGCAAGAACUAAAUUUGGGCCUGUUCCCGGGAAAGCAAUAUGUCCUUCACAUUGGGCUCGUCGGACUCGUAAAAGGAAAAAAAAUAUUCUGCCAGUUCGUGGAGAAAUCAAGAGGCGAAUAUCACAGCCAAUCACAAAACUGGUGGGAUGAGGACACAUGGAAGGGUUUGGAGGAGACCAAGGCUUUGACCACUCAGGCUUUGGCCAGUGUGGCCUACCAGAUCAACAGCCUAGCCACUUCUGUCCUGAGACUGCUGGACACCCAGGCCAUGCAGCUGAAAGACAUGGAGAACUCCAUCAACCUUCUCUCUCUGGCUGUAGCUAUCCAUCAGGAGAAGGUGUCUCGGAGAGAGAUGGGAAUUUUCACCACAGUAACGAAGUUGGCUUGCGCCAAAUUAAUGAGCCCUCCCAAAGCUGGCCGGGAGCUCGAGGGUUGCUACAUCAGAAGACCCAUGUCCUUCACCGGACUGGACACACUGGGCCACAGCUUUAACCUCAAUGAGUCGCAGCCUCGGAAAAGAACAGGGACCACAGAGAGCGUGCGGAGUACAGGGAGCUGUGGCCCUGUGGAGUGUCCCGUUGCUCCUGCUACCCAGCCUGGGGAACCCUCCUCAGCCAGCGUCAAUAAGGAUCUCUAUAGGUCCAAUCUUGGCAUUAAUGUGGCCCUACCAUCGGUGCCCACCUUGCCAGUCUCCUCAAACCUCAUCCAAAACUGCCCACAACCCCCUCCUGGAUCCACGUUUGACUCCAACAUCCCACCUCCUCCUCCUCCCCCACCUGGCUCCAUGGGCACUGGUCCUCCUCCUCCAACACCCUCCAUGACCUCAUCGAAUAACCCCCCUCCUCCUACACCGAAUGCAUCCCCUAAUGUUCUCUCUCCGCCACCCCCUCCUCCACCUCCUGCCAGCGCAUCAAAUAGCUUCCCUCCUCCUCCUCCUCCUGGUUCAAUGGGUAAUGCUCCAUCUCCUCCCCACCUCCACCUCCUCCCAGCUCAUCAAAUAGCUUCGCCCCUCCACCUCCUCCUCCUCCACCUGGGUCAAUGGGUAAUACUCCUCAUCCUCCACCUCCUCCCAGCUCAUCAAAUAGCUUCCCCCCUGCUCCUCCUCCUCCUCCACCUGGUUCAAUGGGUAAUGUUCCACCUCCUCUGCCACCUCCACUUCCUCCCAGCUCAUCAAAUAGCUUCCCCCCUCCUCCUCCUCCUCCUCCUCCUUCUCCACCUGGUUCAAUGGGUAAUGCUCCUCCUCCUCCACCACCUCCUCCUCCUCUCCCUGGUACCUCCACUAAGGUGCCCCCACCUCCUCCACCACCACCCCCACCUCCUCCGCUUCCAUAACUUAUAUUGUUACGUGUCUUCUCUAUCUACCUUCUGCUAUGUAGGGAUUACAUGAUAACAUGGCACAGCAAUGAAUUGAACUGAGUAUGGUAUGUAACCUGAAUACAGUGUGUGAUCAUGAUUGAGUUUUUAUGAAUGUGUAUAAAACAAAUUAGAUUUAUUUCAAUUUGCAAGUAUAUUGAUGACAGGAUUCUGCAUUAAAGGAUGUUUUUAAAUCUA